ACGUCUCCUACCUUCCCUCUUUUUCAGAAUUUUGAAUUUAAGAUUGGUCUUCACAACUACUAAGUUAUGAUCGCUACCUAUAUCUGCUCCCGGAUAACUCCUACAGCCCUUCACUUGUUUUUUGCAUAUUUGCCUAACAAGUAUAUAAUCUAACUGGUAUCUCCUUAAAUCACCUGGCAUCUUCCACGUAUAGCGCCUCCUAACGUGAUGUUUUAAUAAUGUGAAUAUAUUUCCUUUGUUUACCACCACCGCCAAAUUCCUUAAAUUAAGCGGGAUGGAAAAAAACCCAAACAGGGUGGUUUGUGUUGGACUGCCCUUGACCUUCGGUUAGAGGUUAUUAUGUUAGUCACGUAUUUUCGAAUCAAUGUAGAUAACUUGGGCCAAGUAAUAUCGACACGAAACUUUAUUUCUAUCUAUUGUUCGCAAAUUGUUUGUGGAUCUAUUGUGCACGCACGUGCGCAUGUAUUGGGUUUUCAAAUUUAGAUGACUCACAGAAAUCCCAACACUCCCCAAACGGUUCGAUACCACGGAACACUUAUCAUUGUGUUUUUUUUUCGUGGUUCGAAACCUUCAAUAGGGAGGAUGGAUAGUUUGUUCGUUACUUCCAUCUCAAAGGUGGGAGAUUGUCCUCUCUCAGAAGUACCAACUGUGCUCGUUCCAACCGCGGCCCUGUUGAUAUUUUCCAUUUAGAUCUCUGAUGAAGUUGACCCAAAUAUUCCCUUGAUCAACUACUCCAGAAAUGUUGCUCUACUUGGAAGAUGCGUUGCCGUCGGGAUAGACGUGUUGUCGGAAUGAAUUUAAAAUUAAUUUUCGGAACAGAAGUCAUGGACUCUCCAAUCAGGAAAUGACCGGGAGUAAGGAAGGAUAGAUCAUUAUGAUCAUUAGAAAUGGGGUUAACGGACGUGAAUUUAAAAUGGCUUCAACUUCAGUCAAUAGUGCAUUUAGCUCUUCGAAAGUGAAUGAGGCAUCGCCAGGGAUUUAAUUGCGAUUUCCCAUAAGCCACCAAAAUGUGGUGACCGACCUGGUAUGUUAUGCCUUCGUUAAGAGUCAUAUUUUUCUAUUUUAUUGGGGUGUUGUUGACUUGAUAAAAAAUUGUUUAUUUCAUUUAAUUCUGCGUUGGCACCAACAAAAGUCCUAAAGCUAUUUUAAAGUUCGUUAACAAAGUUAAAGUGACUUAGGGAUUUUCUUAAUAACUGACUUAAUCUAUUAGUUGUGUUAAUUUUACUACUAAUCUCUACUAAAGAAUUGUGAUAUUUAAACAUUAUAUUACUGAUGCUACUAAAAUUUAAAUGGAUAAUGAAGUUAUGAUAGUGUGUUAUUAAUUUAUAUAUCUCCUCUUUGUACAGGUAACAUAGUUAGAAUGAAGUCGUCCUUAGUUUCUACUGUUAUGAGGAGUUCCGUUAUGGCCAAGAUGAUUUUCAUUUUCAGUUUCUAAUAAAUCGUCUGCAACAAAAGAAAUUGGUUUUAUUUUUCUUUUUGGUUGUUAUGAUUCUAGUGGGUGUUUCGACCAAUUUUGUUUGUUUCCUAUAGGUAGGGUUGACUUUACUCUUAUUUGGAUCUUCUCGUUUUGCAAACCGCAUUCCGAUGAUGAUUGGGAGGCGAAGAACUUCUGUAGGAGGAUGCGGGAUAAGAGGGGAGAAGUUGGUAAGCGGAGAGCGCUGUCUCAUUCUAUUGUUGAAAGUUGAGUGGUGUAAAUAGAAGAAAUUGGGAAGGAUGUUUGCCUAAAAUGUAUGGAAGUGCCGUUUUGGGAAAUGUAGGACGGGUGCUGCAAUAUGAUAUAGGUGGAGUCGUUACGACGGUUGUGGCGUUAUCCGUUGUCACAACCACCACGACUGUGGCACCGGGUAAGAACAAGCUGGGAUCUGCAAAAAAGUGUGGAGGCGACGUCCCGACGUGGAGCGGUUUGGUUGUUUCUCGUGUAUUCAUUGUCCUUUCGCCAUUCAGACAAACAACCAACACAAUGGUAUCCAUCACCCGGUUGCGAUGCAACAUCUGUCGACGUCUUCGUGAAAGCUGUGACGUUGCAACAGGACUAUGUUAAGAAUGUCUUGAUUACACACCUCUAUUUUUCUGUCACAGCUGCAGAAUGUAUCACGACGAUGUUGUAAUCUGCUUCUGUCGACCUCGUCAGGGGAUUCACUCAUACCUCUGCGUCUACUUUAUCAGAUCGACGAUACACACACACUUUCCUGUCUAUUCUGUACAACUGUAGAGGAAAGGCGUCAGCUCUUUCGAUCCAUUUUGCUGACUCUAGCUUUCCACUAAGUUUUUAUUUCAUUACAUAAGUUAAUUAGUUCUUCUGAGUUUUUCUACUUCUUUUCUUCGUGCUAUUUAGUAAGUUUACGCAUACAUUGUUAUAAUCGUUAUUGUUAUUUUUUGUGGUUGUUUUGUUCCUGUUAUUGUAAAUAGUUUCUCCAUCUUUUCUUGUGAUUAUUAAAAGUCAUAAAACAAAUUCUG